AUGACGCGAUGGCCUUUCUUGCGGGCUGCGCGCCUGCAAUUUUUGAGCUUAUUUGAUUUUUUUAAAGGGAUACCAUUUUUUUCGUUUUUCAGUUUGAAACUUAACGACACCAUUUUCCUGAAAAUCGGGUUGAAAAGCAACCAAUAUUGAUAUCGCUGCAUAAGCUGAGGUUGAGCUGAGGGAACCAGGAAGCAAGUGAUGACGUGGCCGCUGCGCUUGGCGGUGCUCCGCCCGCAGGGCCCAGUGCCGGCUGGCUGGCUGGGCCGCCGCUGGUGGCGCCGCUGCUGCACCGCCGCCUCUGCGGCCGCCGCCGACAGCGAGCUGUUCCACCCGGGCGAGCGGCCGGCCGCCGACCUCGACUGGCCCUACCUGCUCUGCGCCCAGAACGCCGCCGCCAUCGCCGCCGACGUGCAGCGCCGCAAGGGCGUCGGCGACGUGCGCCGCGUGCAGCAGCUGCACGCGCAGUACCGUGCCGCGCCGCCGGCCGGCCGGGCCGAGCUGCUGCGCCAGCUCAGUGAGGAGGCGCUGCGGCUGCCCAACCACACCCGGCCCGACCGGCCCGGCGCCGAGCCACAGCAGAUGGUCCCUGUCAAAACCGUCGGCCAGAAGCCCCACUUCGACUUCCCCGUGAAGGACUUCCGGCACCGCGCCGAGAAGCUCAACAUGUUCAGGAUGGAGAACCUGGGCCUGCUGACCGGCAGCAGGACGUAUUACCUGAAGCACGAGCUGGCCGAGCUGGAGGCGGCGCUGGUCCGGUUCGCGCUGCGCCGGCUGCUCUCCGCCGGCUUCCAGCUGGUGUCGGUGCCGGACCUGCUCAACAGCUCCGUCCUGGAGGCGUGCGGUGUGUCCGUGCACGGCGACAGGACCAUGGUAUACUCUCUGGACGAAUCACAUCACGGCGACGUGUGUCUGUCUGGGACGGCCGAGAUGGCGCUGGGCGCUCUGGUGGCCGGCCGCCGACUGCCUGCUGACCGGCUGCCGCUCCGGCUAGCCGCCGUCUCGCGCUGUUUCCGACCAGAGGUCUCCAACCUGGAGAGCGAGUCGGGCAUCUACAGGGUCCACCAGUUCACUAAGGUGGAGAUGUUCGGCGUGUGCGCGGCAGAUACGGCCGUGUCCGGCGCCCUGCUCGACGAGUUUGUCGCCAUCCAGGAGAGCAUCUUCACCGACCUCGGACUGCACUUUAUCGUCUACGAUAUGCCGCCACACGAACUGGGCGCGCCGGCCUACCGCAAGUACGACAUCGAGGCGUGGAUGCCGGGCCGGCGGAUGUACGGCGAGGUGAGCAGCGCCAGCGACUGUACCGACUACCAGAGCCGGCGGCUGGCCGUGCGCGACUGCGCCGGCCGCCGGCUGCACACCGUCAACGGCACGGCCUGCGCGGCGCCGCGCACCCUGCUCGCUCUGGUCGAGACCGGACAGCAGCGGGACGGCACGGUGGCCGUGCCGCCGGCCCUGCGGCCCCUCCUCGGCGGGAAAGAGGUGCUGCGACCGCGCGCCGGCCGUGCCCAGUGGCUCAAAGGUCACCAGCUGCGACUGGCCGCCGACUGACGCGUCAGCCCUGACCGGCCGCGCACGGCUCAGUCGCUACCAGCCCACUGGCUGCCCAGUGACGGGUCAGGUCACCGGCCGCGCUCAGUGGCUCCAAGGCCAUCAGCUGCGACUGGCCGCCGACUGACAUGUCAUAUCACCGGCCACGUCUGGUCAGCAACCAGCCGCUGAGUGACGGAUCAGCUCACCGGCCUUUGACAGGUCAGGUCACUAACUGCGGCUGGUUGCCGAGUGACGGUUCAGGUCACCGGCUGCGCUCAGUGGCUCCAAGGUCACCAGCUGCGACUGGCCGCCAACUGACCAGAGUGAUAGGUUAGGUCACCGGCCGCGCUCAGUGGAUCAAGGGCCGCCAGUUGCCGGCUGUCGAGCGAGAUGCGCUGCGGCACUGGGCAGGGACGGAUGAGUGUCUCUAGUUGGCUUGUAAUGUUUCGCAAUAUGAUGCAUGGAUACGCAAUGGAUGCAAUAGUGAUGUUUGUGAUGUAUUCAUAGUCACCGUGAGUGAUGUGACUGUGAUCCUGGCGUGUUUUAUGUCCGUUUCUGGCCAUGUGGCUUGUUGCCUCAGUACCACGUUAUUACGGCAUAAAAAUUGUAUACGGUA